UAUGAAAAGUUUAACUCUUUGCCUUUUGGUGCUCGUCUCUGGCAGCUGCCUGUUGAGUGCUAAUGCCAACACUAUCAAUGAGAGCUCCUUUGACUUCGAGGAGGUGGAGCUCUAUGGCGAUGAUGGCUUCAUCAAGACAAUGGAGAACAUUUUUAUGAAAGUUUUGACGACAGUUCGCGGAGUUAAUUGUACGAUGAAAACAGUUGUUGAGAUUUUGAUAGCGACCACGAAAUAUGUAGAUGCUAUUGAUGCCUGUGGCACGGCGGUGCCCAAAGAAGUGGCCAAAAUUGUAAAGUGCUGCAAGGACAUCAUCUCUAUAUGCGAGAAUAUCAUCCAUCUGAAUAGCACCAUUUGCGCCGCCGAGGAAGGUGGCAAAAUGACAUCCGGCAAGUGUUUCUGGAAGCUCUUUGAGGCCGUCAUGAAGUUGACCCGAAAGCUCAACACGGCCCUCAAGCUGAUUGCCAAGCUGCCAGUGGAUACGGAAGCCUGUUUCGUCGAUGCCACCCAUGAGUUGGUGGUAAACUAUGAUAACUUUUUGCCAAAUAUCAGUAAGUGCAUCGACGAUAUGUAGAAACUCUCUAUAUCAAAAAAGAGAACUUGAGAGCAUUUUGAGAAGAGAAACUUUUUAAUAAGUUAUAAGGGUCAAUAAAACUGUAAGUGUAGCUUUUUUAAAAAAAAUACACUUUAAAAAAAUACAC